AUGCCAGAAGUUGAGCAUGGCUAUGACUGCUUACCUCCAUUAAAGAACAUUGAAUCUUAUCGUCUUGUUGUUGGAGUAGCUUUACAAGGAAGCGUUACAUGUUUUACCCAGUGGCUUGAUUCUUUUAUGUUUUAUACGUUUCCAAUGAUCGCUCCUGGUGCUGUGUGGGCCGCAGCACUUGCUAACUUUAUUUAUGUCGGCAAUGCCAUGGCUCAAACACCAAUAUUAUUAAUAUUCAAUAAGGCUAUCCGGGCAACGUUGAACAAUUUGUUGAUUAGCAGAAUCAGGAAAAUUCAUAAUAUGAAGCCAACGACAAUAGAAGUCCUGAAAUCCUGA